AAAAGUCACGUGACUAUAUUUUAAUGGAAUCCUCAGCUCUUUUGUCAUCGAUAUUCCUUACAAAUAAUAGGAUUAUAAGCCUUAUAGAUUUUUGUUGUGUGUUUUAAAUGAACAAGAAUCAAACUGGCGUGUAUUUACAAUUACUGUAGAACUGGGGUAGUGUUUCUCGAGGUUGGCGGAAAACGUCAAAGUGAAGAGACGAGAGCCGAUCGUUACUGCAACAUGGCGACGAUAGAGGACGUUUGUGUAGAAAGCAGCAGUACCGAUCCAUUCAUAUCUAAUGAUCAGGUCAAUGGUUAUUUGCAGGAUUCUGGCGAUGAGUUGACGGUGGAGACGCCCCCCUUACCAGCGCCAUUCAUACGGAACGACAGUGGUGCAAGUUUAAAUAGUCUGAAACUGUCAUCCAUCUCGGCCCGACCUUUCCAGGGACCUCGAUUCAAGCUAAUUAAUGAAGGAGAUAUACAAAUUUGUCGUCUUAAUCACACCAGAACUAUUGUCAGUAAAAUAAUGAACUCUAAAUAUCUGCGGCGAUGGGAGAGCCACCGAAUUGUUUUGGACAAAAACGAGAUCCGUUCCUGCACUGAAUGUGGCAUGAUGGAAAAUCCUAUACCUUACUCCAGCAUCGAAGAUGUACACAUCAUUUCGCGAUGGGAUGCAGGCCAGAAGUUCUGUAUAAGAAUUACUGUACCUGAUGGCUCCCUUCUCAUUCAGGCUCACAACUCAUACAUCCGAGACCAGUGGUUGCAUUCAGUUCUAUGGAAGAAACACAUGUACAAAUGUGAGAAACUACUGAAGAAUGCCAGAAGACCAGAAGUUCUAGUCAAAGAAAUCAAAAACAUGAUAGAUGUCUCCCUGACCACCAACAUCCAGGAUGCUAGCGUUUAUCAGUUCCCCCUUGACCUUGUGUCAGAUCUCCUGCAGCAGAAUGCAGAUUUCAUAACCAGGGUAGCACAUGAAAACAUAAUUGUGGCCCUGGCACCUCUUUUGGAAAACAACCAUCCUACACAAGAGAUCUGUGAAUUUUUCAGCAAGCACUGUAAAAACAGCCCUCGCUCCAGUAUAGUGAUAGAGCUGUUCACACCUGUGGUACAGAGGAUACUAAAACACAACACAGACUUUGGGAAAUAUCCAAGAAUGCGAGGAUUUGUACAAGAAUAUGUGCAGGCCUUAAACUGUCAAAAUGGUGGCUAUGAUGUGGUUCAGAAUUUUGUGAAAAGCAUGCACAGCCCGGCCAGCGCCUGUCCCCACCCACGUGUUCUACCUAACCUGGUCGCCGUCUGUCUGGCCGCCAUCUAUUCCUGUUUUGAGGAGAAGAAAAAUGCCAUGCAAGACAACACCAAUACAGUUUUAGACAUUCAGGAAUGGGAAAAUAAGCUUUGUUGUUACAUUGGCAUGCUGGACACCAUGUCAGGGUUCGCAGACUGGCGUCUUGUGUUGGGCAGUCUUCUUCAACCAAUUCCUUUCCCAAAUGAUGCACUUGCAAAUGAGCUUUUUACAUCCAAAAUGAAGAGUGUGCUGAGAAACAUAGCAUCUGAUGAAAAGUGUGACGUCCACCAGACGAUCCUGGGGAUCCGCGAGGGCAAGGAGGGCUGGUUCCACCUGUACACCCCGGGCACGAUAGGGUGUGACGAUGAGGGGGAGCUGUGGGGGGUCAUGUUGAAAAGUCUGAUCAGAUGUUGCUGCAAGAGGAAGAAGUUUCUGACAGAGUUGAACAAGAUGAUUGGUCCAGUGAUGUUACUGGCAUUAAGGGAAAAUGAGGCAGCCAUGGAGGUGCUCUGUGCGAUGUUAGAGUUGGAGGUGGUGGAUAAUGAGGACCUCAAACUACAAAUGGUGACCACGCUUCAGAGCACAUGUAAAGGCAAGCGGAUGUACGCUCAGCUGUGUGAGCGACAGAUUGCUCUGCGAGAACUACAACAAAAAGGAGGACCAAAGAAACUGACCCUGCCAUCCAAAUCCACAGACUCAGACCUGGCCAAGAUGUUGAGUUCCGGAUCCUUUGGCAACCUGGAAUGUCUGAGUCUAGCAUUCACACACGUCACGAGUGCAUGUGCUAAUGAUCUGAUCAAGCUACCAUCACUCCGCUACCUUAACCUCUGGUCCACACAGUUUGGUGACAAUGGUCUCCAGUUGAUAUCAGAGUAUCUACAGAAGUUGCAAGUUCUCAAUCUGUGUGAGACGCCUGUCACAGACAAGGGGCUGUCCUGCUUAGCCACAUUGAAGAAUCUCAGAAAACUCAAUCUGAACAGCACCAGCCUAUCCAAGUUAACAUUUGAAGGAUUAGUGGAAAAGCUGCCGGCAUUACAGGAGUGUGAUGUGAGAUACACGGACGCCUGGUGAUUACGCUCUUAUCUGCGGUGUCUAUGUUAUACAAAACAAACAAAACAAAACUAACAAAAAACAACAAACAUCCUUUCUCAUCAUUGCUGCAUGUGACCAUCUUUUGUUGUGUGAGAGUGUGGCAGGCAGCAAGCCGCAACGUUGUCAUCUCGUACACAGGUCACAUGAUCAGAUGUUGGCGCCGGCAGGAGCAAGUGGCUCUCAGAUUGAUUCACGCAUGUUGAACAAUUUUCAGUCAAACUUUCAUACAGAACAAAACAAGGGACCCAUGGUAUGCCUUGAAGGAGAAGAGAAAAAAGACUCUGUGUUUGGCUCCAUCUUGUGCUGCUACAGCGGGGGAAACAAACAGGAAGUAUAUUGGAUGCUCCUCUACAUUACACAUGUUAUAUUCAUGGAGAGAAGAAGUUCAACUUUAUAAAUCUUUAUAUAUAUACACAUGUACUUCUAUAUGGAGAUAAAGAAAAUGACAAUGUCUUUACUUAUUUGCAUAAUGUGCUUUUUCAGUAACCAUUGUUGUCAUUUGUUCCUGCUUGUUAAUUGUUAUUUUGCCAUAUAUAUUUAGAAGCAAAAUAGGGGAAAAAUGUCUCGUGGUUAUCAUACUGUGUGAAUGCAUGAAGUGGUGCCCAUUAGGUGAAUCCAUCACAGGAAACUCCUCCUGUGUAUCUGUCAUACAAUCUUUUCUGUCUGAACUGGUAAAGUCCACAAGGGUUAUUUUUUUUUCCAUUCAGGUUUUCCCUGGCUUAAAAGCCUAAAAAAUAGUUCAAAUUUCUUUGCACUAAAUUGUUUUUGAAGUUGUUUUUGAUAUGGGGAUAUCAAUACAUCCUGUUGUUAAUGACAAUUAUUUGGAAGUUUUUAGUUGAAGAAUAUUUUGUUAAGUGUGUAAUGUUUUUGAGCUGUAUAUAUUAACCCUCUAGCAUUUUUUACACACCUAAUUUUAUUUCUGUGAUAUAUGAUAAAUUCGAUCUUUCCUUCUUUGGUGCUGAUACUUUGGGUGUGCUAUAUAUAUAUAUAUAUAUAUAUAUAUAUCUAUUUAUUUUUUUGUUUAGAAAAAGAAGAAUACUUUUGAUAUCUACUGAAUUCAAUUUCCAUAAAGUGACCUAUACAGGAAAUUAAUAAUGGGGCCAAAUACUUCUUUCUUAACUGUACCACUCAUUAUUGAUAAAAUCAAGAAUUUAAGGGAUUAUCAAUUAAGUAGGAAUUUACCUUCAUUCACCAGAAACUUUGAAGAAAGAAAAAUGCCCUGAAAGCAUGUUCCUCAUGCACUGAUCUAUAAAUGAUCAGUAUGUGAUGAAAAGUCGGGGGGGGGGGGGGGGGGGGGGAUUUUUUUGCUUUAAGAUUGUUUUGUAUGUUUAUUGAAUGUCUUGGUUUACUGAUCAGUACAGGGGGAAAUAGAUAGGUAAAGCUGCAGUGAAUAACGGCGCCACGUACUGGUGCAUAGUAAGAUCAGUGACAUAGCAAAUUAAACAGGACUUUUCAUGUCAUGCAUUGUCUUGACCCAAGUCUGUUGAACAGAAAAUGGUAUCUAUUGUAACUGUUAAAGUGAUGAAUCAGUUUAAUCUUGUACAAUUAAUUUAUCUUGAAAUGGUUCAGAUAAGAGCAUGCUGUGACUCCACCACUUUGUUGGCUUGUUGUAGUCACAAUGGCUAUAGGAGAUCUUGUGAUCAGUAUGGUCUGCUGUGUGUUUAUAUGUCAGUCAAGUUCCUCCCUCCUUUCUCCAGAACCUGCACACAGAGAGGUUUAUUCAAUCCUACCCUGUCUGAAUCUCUUUCUCAAAUAAUAAAAACUCUUUCUUCAGUAUUUCAGAAGCUAGCAAUUGGAUGUUAAUCAAAACUUUUACAGUAAAACUAAUGAUGCAUAUAUUAUGUUUUUAUCACUGCCUAACCAGCAUUUUUUAUGAAUACUAGCAUUAAUCCAACAAAUAUUUAUUAGACACAGUUCUAAAAUAAUUAAUGAAAAAUAAGGGUAUUAAAUGAAUUUAAAUUGCUAUUAAGUUCAUUUGGGUGAGAUCUUUAUGACAGAGAAAGCUCACGAGUUGUGCAGACUUGGAUAUAUGAGGUUUGUCUGGUGAGCUGUUGGGCCUAUGAGUCUCCUGUUGUAAGCAUUAUGUCUGUUCGUUGCUCUAUAUUGUCUUCAAUUGCUCAUGUUUUAAAUUUUUGUUAAUAUGUGAUUCUAGUCUUGAAGUAUAUUCAGUGAGAGAUGCAGUAUUUUCAACACUAUACAAAAGUUGACGGUUUCCUUUUGUGUUGUUAGUGUGUAUGAUUAGUCGAUCAUUUAUUUGUUUGUUUUUAAUUAUAGUUACACAGAUAAUGUUAUUUAAAGUUAUUUAUAUACAUGUUUUAACUAGUUUUCUGAAUUAGUGCCUGUUUGAUUACAGCAACAUGAUGCUAGUGCAACUACAGUACACUGCUUGUAUUACAACUCGUGUACAUGUACAUGUAUUUUAAACCAGCACCCUCUGUUUCAGCUCCUGGUGAGUUUAAAAGGGUAGGUUGAAAUCUUUGCAUCAUACAAAUAUGUUUAAGUUUUGUGGAAGAAUUUACUUUCAUAAAGUCGCAAAG